UUGCUUAAAUACACUGAAGGGAUUUUCCCCUGGAGGAAGAGUAAGUAGGUUACAUUCUGGAAAAAAAACCCUGAGGCUUUUGACACAAGCAGUUGCCAUGACACCUAACAGAGAGGUAAAGUAUGUAUGUGUGGGUGGCGUUUGUAAGACAGGAAGUGCAGAGAUGAGACCCCGUCAGUCCGUCCGUCAGUUGGCGGUUGGACAGGAUGCAGUUAACACCUUUCUGCCUGAUGCUACCCUGUCUUCGGAUCAGCCCUGACAGGUCUCAGUUCUUCAGGUACGACACCAUCUCUCUGACCUGUGAGGAUCAGUUGAACUCCACCGGUUGGAACGUGAAGAGGAAAACAUUGGAGGGCGGGUUCAGGCCCUGCUCCUCUGGUUGGGGCUCCACCUCUUUGGGCUCGACUUGCACCAUAGGAAACAUCUACCCGUCGGACAGCGGGGUGUACUGGUGCGAGUCCGUAGACGGGGAGCGGAGCAACGUCGUCAACAUCACCAUCACUGAUCGUACUGUGAUCCUGGAGAGUCCUGCCCUCCCUGUCUCGGAGGGAGCUGCAGUGACUCUGCGCUGCAAGGCUGAGACGCACUCCUCCGACCAUGUGUUCGAUUUCUACAAAGAUGACCACCGCAUUAGCAGCAGCUCCACAGGAGAGAUGACCAUUCACAGUGCUUCCAAAUCUGAUGAAGGACUCUACAAGUGCAGCAUCUCCGGAGGUAGAGAAUCAACAGCCAGCUGGCUGGCUGUUGACGCUUCGCUUCCGCCUUCUACCUCAGCUCCGCCCGCAGCUUCAUGUUCAGUUUCUGCCAUCAGAUUGACGUGUCACCUGCUGGUGGGAACUCCUUACCUACUGUCCACUGUCUUACUAGGUCUCAUAUACAGAGACAGGAUGAGAGCAGCUCGGACAGUUGCAGAGAGAAGAGGCAACAACGACGUCGUCAUGGAAAUAGUUGUGUAGCCCAACAAACCAGAAACAAUCGGCCAAGAAAUUCUGCAUCACCUCUGACCGUGCACCACGGGAGAUCAACUUUUGCUACCAUCAGCUGAUGUAUCGGCAGUAUUUGACAUUUGAAGGCAGCAGGUUCAGCAGGUCAAGGUCAGCCGAGAUUGUAGUAAAAAGAGAUUACAAAGCCUUGCGACCUCUUAGACGUAAUGAACUCGUCAUGAGUCCUGACGAAAUAUGAACGAUCUUUUGGUGCAUGCUUCCUAUCCUCUUUUCCCUUCAAAAAUAUCAAAUUCAGAAUAUUUUACAGUUGGUGUGUGUGGUUUCAGUUCUGAUGUCUCGCCGGUCAUCUCAACAAUGCUGUAAGUCAACAAAUCUUCCAACCGAAACGACAACAGUGGUCCUCCGUCGGUGACUUCCAAAAUGCAUGACCAUUACAAAAACGACCCAUAUGAGAGUUUUCUGAUCUGACACCUCUAUGGUCAAUGUUUGGUUAAGUUAAGGCAAUUGGAACUACGUGGUUAAAGUUGGCUGAUUAUCAUUAUUAAAAGUAACCAAAUGCAGAUGCAAAUAUACAGCACAGGGACAUAGCUUGGAUUUCGUAGAGGUGAUGUGCAUUACCCUAAAACCUUUUUUAUUGCUCUCAGCGUCAUGAUUGAAUAAUCGAGUGGGACAUUAUGAGUGGACGGUGAACUGUAACUGAGACAAAUUAUACUGUAUAAGUACCUCGGUAAAUACUGCAGUUGCGUGUGAAAAGGAAGUGGCGGGGCGAUGGGUGCAUAU